UUGUGACGCCUGCCAGUAGGCUGGGUCCCCCAGGCGGCUGGCAUUUAGGCACGGUCUCCACAGGCAUGGCCGAGACUCAGGAGCUGCUGCUGCAGCUGCAGAAGGAUAACCGAGAUGGUCGCCUGCGGAAGCAGGAGCUAGAGAAGCUGAUGCGCGGGCUCGAGGCCGAGAGCGAGAGCCUCAACCAGCGCCUGCAGGACCUAAGCGAGUGCGAGCGCAGCCUGCUGCGCAGGCGAAUCCAGACAGCGCAGGCUCUGCCAGGGGAGGCGCGAGAGGCUGCGCGGGAGCGCGCGGAGCGGGUGCGCAGAAGGCUGAAGGAGGCGCAGCGCCACAAGGAGGACUUGGUAAGGAAGAACCCAGGAAUGGGGCCGGAACCAUGGUGGGAUGCGGCAGGGCCAGCGGGACGGGGGUGAUGGGGGUGGGGUGGGGUGGGGUGGGUUGGGACCGGCGGAGAGGCCAGCACCACCCCAGGAUCCUGUCCGCAGGAGCAGCGCAAUCGGCAGCUGCAGGAGCAGUGGGAGGAGCUGUCGAGUCAGCUCUUCUACUACGGAGGGGAACAGCAGAGCCAGAAGCACACGGAGCAGCAAAUCGCAGCCCAAUUGGUGACUCUGCAGAAUCAACUGGGGCUGGCGGAGACCAAGUACGCCUUGCAGGAGGAGAAGCUGCAGCAGGGCGCGCUGCAGAGAGCGGAGGCCUGGGCCAUAUUCCAGGAGCAGACCAUAGUCCUUCAGGUCGGACGCCACGGUGCCUUCCGCCUCUUCUCCCCAAGACCUGUGGCGGCAGGUCUCUCAACCCGCCGCCAGGACGCCUCCCCCAGGCCUCAGUCCGCACUCUCACCCGCUCCAGGAGGUGCAGGUGUGGCGGGCAGCUUUGCGGAGUGCAGUAUAGCACCAAGUCGCUCAUGGAGGAGGUGGCCCGGGCGGACCGAGUGAGCGCCUGCGCUGGUCCGGGCGGGGCGGGCUGGAGCAGGACAACCCUCUCCCUCUUUGGGACCGCCUUCCCCGCCCUCUGGAAACCUGCCCCCCCACCCCGCCUCCCCGCAGGAGAUGCGGCUGUUCGGCGGCCCGCGCGCGCAGGCCAUCAGGCGGUGUGUACUGGGCGCGCUGCAGGUGCUCCUGACGCUGCCGCUUUUCUUCCUGGGGCUGUCGCUGCUCUGCAAGGUGCUGUUGGACGCCGGCGCCGUCUCCGCGUGGCUCCGAAGCCUCACUUCGGAGACCACACUACGCCGCCUGCGCUACACGCUGUCCCCGCUGCUGGAGCUGCGCGCGAACGGACUGCUGCCCACCUAAGCGCAGCGCCCCAGCCGCCCGCGUCUGUCUCCGGGUGGACUCUGGGGCACCUGGCUUUAUUUCUAGUACACCCCUCUCCUGAGAGUGUAGACCAAGGUGGCCUGAUAAACUCCUCAAAGGGAUGAGGCUCGUGGAUUUGUCUUCUUCCAUGUCAUGCAGGAUCUUGACGGUCUUUUUUUAGCCUCCAAAGAUUCCUUUCUUACAGCUCAUGGAUUUAAGUUUCCUCCUCCCCAGUACUGUAAACAGCAUUUUUUAGUUUUUCAAGAUACAUUAAUUUGCCAUAUUGCCAGAAACUUGCACAUGGCAUUUGACCAACAUGGAGAAACCCUGUCUCUAUUAAAAAUACAAAAUUAGCCAGGUGUGGUGGUGCAGGCCAAACUUUGCCAAUUUGACAAGCUGCCUUUUUCAAGUAUUGUGAUUUGAAAUUAUUUCUACCAUUUUAUAACACGCUGAUCCUGAGUUUUUAGUGAUCUCCUUUCCUUCUGUUUAUUUGGGAAGCCACUCUGUAUUCUGGUAUUCUUACUCCAUGAACUCAGCUGAUCACUGUCAUCUUCCCCAAAACACCACCUUAAAGCAUUUUAUUUAUUUAUUUUUGAGACAGAGUCUCGAUCUGUC